GAUGACGCACGCGAUGCGCCCCUGCGCGGUGGCCUGGCUCAAGAUGGCGGCGGUUCGCGGCUUGUCGUUGGGGCCGCAGGUGCGGUCCUGGGGCCGGGAACUGCCUUGCAUUUGGCGCGCCCUGCACACCUCCGCGGUCUGCGCCAAGAACCGGGCGGCCAGAGUCCGCGUGAGCAAGGGGGACAAGCCGGUGAGCUACGAGGAGGCGCACGCGCCGCACUACAUCGCCCACCGCAAGGGCUGGCUGUCGCUGCACACAGGGAACCUGGACGGCGAGGAGCACGCGGCCGAGCGCACAGUGGAGGACGUUUUCCUCCGCAAGUUCAUGCAGGGCACCUUCCCCGGCUGCCUGGCCGACCAGCUGGUCCUGAAGCGCCGCGCCAACCAGGUGGAGAUCUGUGCCCUGGUCCUGAGGCAGCUGCCCGCGCACAAGUUCUACUUCCUGGUGGGCUACAGCGAGACUCUGCUGUCCUACUUUUACAAGUGUCCCGUGCGGCUGCACCUGCAGACUGUGCCCGCCAAGGUGGUCUACAAGUACAUUUAGGGCCGUGCCCGCUGGCCUAGAGCUGGAGCUGCCGCAGACAGAGACCGGGAGGGAAUGGGGCAGCCGAGGGGCCGCGGCCGGCCCCCAUGCACCGAGGCCCUGUGUCUGAGCUCCAGAGCAGGAGGCUCACAGCUGGUAGGCUGCCCCCCACACCCACACCAGGGUGCCUGCUUCUCCUAGGAUGCUGCUGACACC